AUCUGUUGGAGGUGGAUCUAACUGAUGAUCUCAGUUAAAUGGCUCCCUCUCGCAUCGUGCGGUCCCAUUAUCCUGUGCUGGUCCACCGUGCACAGUGGUCCGCAGACUGACUUCCAGCUCUAAGGUGUGAGGACACAGUACAUCAUUAGCUUCUAGGACAGACCUCAAAAUGACGGUGAAGAAGCGUCCUUCCGACCUGACGAGCCUGGAGCGGUUCAACCUGUACUACAAGGAGCAGGAGCCAGACAUGACGGCGGGGGAGAAGGCCAGCCGGUUCAUAUGGAACCCGAAGACGAAGGAGUUCUGUGGACGGACUGGAUCUAGCUGGUCCAAGAUAUGCCUGUUCUACUUCACCUUCUACGUGGCCCUGGCCGUCCUGGUGGCUAUCUGCAUGUGGACCUUCCUGCAGAUGAUGGACCCGCGGCAGCCCAAGUGGAAACUAGAAGAAAGCAUCAUUGGCACCAACCCUGGGCUCGGCUUCAGGCCCAUGCCACCGGAGGUCUCCAGCAGUGUAAUCUGGUAUAAAGGCAACGACCCUAACAGCCAUCAGUUCUGGGUCAGAGAGUUGUCUGAAUUCUUGAAAGCAUACAAAAGAGACGGCAAAAAAGCUGGGGCUGGACAAAACAUACACAACUGCGACUUCAAGCUGCCCAUCCCUGCCGGCAAGGUCUGCGACGUGGACAUCAGCGCGUGGGGACCCUGCGUGGAAGGAAACAACUUCGCAUACCACGCCUCCACACCGUGCAUCUUCCUCAAGUUGAACAAGAUCUAUGGAUGGAAACCUACCUACUACAAUAGUUCUGAUACUCUGCCCAAUGCCAUGCCUGAAGACCUGAAGGAGCAUGUGAAGAAUAUCACGGCGUACGACAAGAAUUAUCUGAACAUGGUGUGGGUGUCCUGCCAGGGGGAGAACCCCGCGGACCGGGAGAACAUCGGCCCCAUCCAGUACCUGCCGUACCGGGGCUUCCCCGGGUACUACUUCCCGUACACCAACCAGGAGGGCUACUUGAGUCCCUUGGUGGCUGUGCACUUUCAAAGGCCGAAGACUGGCAUGCUAAUCAACAUCGAGUGUCGUGCGUGGGCGCACAAUAUCAAGUAUGAUCGCCACGAGGGCAUGGGCUCAGUCCACAUCGAGAUCAUGAUCGAGUAGACUAGUAAGUCUGGGGGAAAUGCUGGAGACUCCUCGGGAAACUGCUGAUUUUGAUAGAUAGAUAGAUUUAUUUGCCAACUGUUACACAAAUCUUAACAAUAUACUAACUUAACCUAUCACAUGCAGUCUGUGCCACAGAAUGCAAAUUCUUGAACUCAGCUUUGUGAUGACACUUUAUUAGAUUUGAGAUGACUAUAUAAGGCCGAAACAGCCCCCAAUCACGCUGUUUCCGACUACUUAAUAACCUCAACUGGAUCGCAGAUGAGCAGAUGUCAUUAUAGAGAUUCGUAUUCGAGGUUCGAGGAAGUCUUCAGCCCUAAUUUGUAUGGUUGAAUCGAUCGACAUAAUUGCGUUAGUGUUCUUAAAGCGUGAUAAUAACUGUUCAAAUGAAUAAUUCAGGAUGUCAAUCCUUCAAAUUCUAUAUGCAUUUUGACGUAAAUUACAUAAUCUAAGUCACCAAAGAUUUACCAAAUUUUGUAAGUCAUAUUUGUAUAUUAUUGAGGUAUUUAAUAAAUUGUUGAGGUCUAAAAAGUAGCUUUUGAGUGAGAUUAUUUGUAAUAUAUUUAAAAAUAAACUGUGCGAAUGUU